AUAACUAAAUUAAUAGAAAAAAUAAAUUGAAUUAAAUUUUUUAUCUGAAAAAAAGAUAAAUAAACUGGUAGGCUGAAUUGGAUUUGUCUAUCCCUUUCUAAAUACCUACCAAUAAAAAAGAAACUAUCUUUAUCAAUGUGACUUGUGUGAAAAAUAUAUUUUUCGUUUUUCCUUCUUGUGAUAAACAUCUGAAUCCUGAUUAAAAUAAAAAUCAAAUGUUUACGUGUCCUUAUAUUAGUAAUAUAAUUUUAAAUUUAUUGUCUCAAUUUUCUAAUUGACGUAAUUAUAAUCUUAAUCUCAAUAAAAAUUUAAAAUUUUAAGUUUCUACACAUGACAUGACGUGGCAUGGAAUUCAGCAUUUGAGAAACUUAUAUAUAAUUGAGGGUGUGAAUACAUCCUUUAAUUUUGGAUUGGAAUGAUUUUUAAGAGUGUAAAAUUUUUUAAUUCAAUUUUAAAUGUCAUGCCAUCUGUAUAAAAUUUUAAUUUCAUUUUUAAUUUAACAUUGAGACUAGUUUUUUAUAAUAAAUUCAAAAUUAAAAUUUUGUAAUUAAAAUGUAAAAAAAAAAAUGUUAAGUAUUUUCCAAUUGGCCAAGAUUUGAAUGCUUACAAUAAUGCCACAGCACUGUUAUAUAGGACUUAUUUGUGGGGAAACUUGAAUUUGCAGCCAUAUAUCUGUAAAGAAAUAUCACCUCAGAUUUAAAACAAAAAAAAAAAUAAUAAUAAAAUCAAUUAUCAAGUCACUUCAAUUGAUGAUAAUUCAAAGAAAAAAAAUUACUUUUCUGUACUGAAAAAAAAUAACUAGCCAGAUUAUUGACAACGCAUCAUGUAGAUAAAGAUAUUAAUUAAUAUUGUUUACCAAAAUGUACACAUCUUUCUUUCUCAUGGCUGUUGCAGCUGCGGAUCUUGAAGCUGCUGCUCAGAAACCCAAGUUUCAAACAGAACCCACCUUCCCAAUUUAUCUCAAGGCUAAUAAAGAUGGAGAAUUAUGUAGCAAUCAAUCAAGGCCAUCCCAUAGAACAUUGCUAGCUUGGUCAGUUCACAGAUGUGAGUUACAAGGUGAUAAUCAAGGGGAUGACCUCGUCAGAGGAGAAGCAAAUCUUGAGUGGAAUCACUGGUUCAGUGAAUCCAGGUCAAGUCUUGGCACUUAUGGGACCUUCAGGAAGUGGAAAGACAACACUCUUGAAUCUGCUUGGUGGCAGGCUAAAUCAGUCUACUGUUGGUGGUUCAAUCACUUAUAAUGACCAGCCGUAUUCAAAGUUUCUAAAAAGUAGGAUAGGAUUUGUGACUCAAGAUGAUGUCUUGUUUCCUCACCUUACAGUGAAAGAAACAUUAACAUAUGCAGCUCUCCUCCGAUUGCCAAAGCACUUGACAAAAGAACAGAAGGAAAAACGAGCCUUAGAUGUUAUCUAUGAGCUAGGCUUGGAGAGGUGCCAAGAUACUAUGAUCGGAGGCUCAUUCGUCCGCGGUGUCUCAGGUGGGGAAAGGAAAAGAGUGUGUAUUGCCAAUGAGAUUCUAAUCAACCCUUCUGUUUUGUUUCUUGAUGAACCAACCUCUGGCUUGGAUUCCACAACUGCUUUAAGGAUAGUUCAGAUGCUUCAGGACAUAGCAGAGGCUGGGAAAACAGUGGUGACAACAAUUCACCAGCCGUCAAGUAGACUCUUCCACAAGUUUGACAAGCUGAUCCUUCUUGGGAAAGGGAGCUUGCUUUAUUUUGGAAAAGCAUCAGAAGCAAUGUCAUACUUCUCAUCUAUUGGUUGUAACCCCCUUAUCGCCAUGAAUCCGGCUGAGUUCUUGCUAGACCUUGCAAAUGGAAACAUCAACGAUGUUUCUGUUCCAUCAGAAUUGGAGGACAGAGUGCAAAUGGAUAACUCAGACGCUGAAACAAUAAAUGGGAAACCAUCUCCUAAAGUUGUACAUGAUUAUCUUGUGGAAGCCUACGAGACAAGAGUUGCAGAAAAUGAGAAGAAGAAACUUAUGGUUCCCAUACCCCUUGAUGAGGAAGUGAAGCUGAAAGUAUCUGCUCCAAAACGACAAUGGGGAGCAAGCUGGUGGGAACAAUAUACCUUAUUAUUCUGUAGAGGAAUCAAAGAAAGAAGACAUGACUAUUUCAGCUGGUUGAGAAUAACCCAGGUUCUUUCCACUGCUAUUAUCUUGGGAUUGCUAUGGUGGCAAUCAGAUAGUAGCAGCCCCAAAGGCCUGCAAGAUCAGGCAGGGCUGAUUUUCUUCAUUGCUGUUUUCUGGGGAUUCUUCCCAGUCUUCACUGCCAUCUUUACAUUUCCUCAAGAAAGAGCUAUGCUCAAUAAGGAACGUGCAGCUGACAUGUAUAGACUGAGUGCUUAUUUCUUGGCAAGGACAACAAGCGAUCUUCCACUUGAUCUGAUACUUCCAGUGCUUUUCCUUGUGGUUGUCUAUUUCAUGGCGGGCUUGAGAAUGAGUGCCGGCCCCUUUUUCCUUAGCCUGUUAACUGUUUUCCUCUGUAUUGUUGCUGCUCAGGGACUCGGACUAGCUAUUGGAGCUACAUUAAUGGACUUAAAGAAGGCUACAACACUGGCUUCAGUAACUGUGAUGACCUUUAUGCUGGCUGGAGGAUACUUUGUGAAGAAAGUUCCAAUAUUCGUUGCUUGGAUUCGCUACAUGUCUUUCAACUACCACACUUACAAACUUCUCCUCAAGGUGCAAUAUGAGCACAUGCCUCAGAUCAAAGGAAUGAGAACAGACAGUGGUUUAAUGGAAGUAAGUGCCUUGGUGGCCAUGGUUUUUGGCUACCGUCUCCUGGCAUACAUUUCUUUGCGGAACAUGAAGCUUAAUUGUGGAUCCUAAUGGCCUACAAACUUCAGAUGAAAACAAAUCUGGAACACUCAACAUCCCCCUAUUCGGAGUCUGACUGCUCCAUGAGCUACCUUGUGAAAGCUCACAUCCCAGGGUAGAUUUUUAAGGGAAACUGUCAAGGAACCAUCAGGAUUCUGCCUCCAGGAUAUUGUUUGCACCUAAUUGCAUCAGUAGAAACACAACAAACUGUCUUAGGCAUGUGAAAAGAAAAGAGGAUUUUUCUUUGGAGAAUACAUAGAAAUGCCAUCA